UUCCAGCUGGACGGCGGCGCGGAGGGCGCGGCCUGGGAGGUGCCGCCGGGGGUGCCGGUGUUCCAGCUGGACGACGGCGAGGAGAGCUGCACGGAGGAGGUGCCGCCAGGGGUGCCGGUGUUCCAGCUGGACGGCGCGGAGGAGGCCGAGGGCGAGGCGGCGGACAGGGCCGACGACCAGCAGGGCAUCACUGCGCUGCGCGCCCGGCUGCUCGGCGCGGUGACGCGCCUGUCUGGCCUGGACGUCGGGGUGCCGUCGGAGGACGACGCCGUGGACAGGUUCUGGCGCGGGGACGACACACCUUUGCUGCCGCGGGGCGGCCCGAGGGAGCCUGCGACAGCGGGCGCCGGCUCUGCCGCGCAGCGCGGCGUGGAGCACUACCGCCUGGACGGCGACUGCUCGCCCUCGCCCCCGUGCGGCAGCGCCAGCAGCGAGCCUGCGACAGAGGGCGGCGGCUUCGCCGCGCAGCGCGGCGUGGAGCACUACCGCCUGGACGGCGACUGCUCGCCCUCGCCCCCGUGCGGCAGCGCCAGCGGCCCCCGACCGCCCGGGGGCGGCGGCCCGCGGAGCAGCGCCGGCGGCGCCCGGCCCGGCGGCGGCGGCCCCCCGGCGCAGGACUGCGGCGACUGGUACGACAUGGAGGGCGACGGGCCGCUCGCGCAGCCGGGCGCCGGCGCGCGCGGCGCGGCCGCGGGCGGCACGGUGGUGACGCUGCUGCCCCUCACGGGGAGCCCGCGCGGCGGCCCCCGCGGCGCCGCCGCGGGCCCGCCGCGCUGCGCCUGCGGCAGCGCCCCGCUGCCCGACGAGCGGUUCUGCCGCAGGUGCGGCCGGCGGCUGGCCGGGGCCGGAGAGCUGGGGCUGCCGCCGGCGCCGGGGGGCUGGGGGCCCCGGCCGGGCGACCAGCUCGGAGCGCACAGCGUGGGGCUCUUGGGCGUCGGCCCAGGCGAGCGAGCUUCGGCGGCGGAGCUGCCAGCGGAGCUCGAGGUCAGCUGGGCGCGGAUCGCAGAGCUUGAGAGCAGCGAGGCGAGCACCGCUAGCUCGGCCGCGGCUGGCUUCGGCCGAGGCGGUCGAGAUUCGACGGCGGAGCCGCCAGUUGAGCUCGAGGUCGGCCAGGUGCAGAGAGGCGCCGCCAGGUCGGCCGAAGCUGGCGUCUGCCCCGUAGGGGAGCGAUAUUCGACGGCGGAGCCGCCAGCUGAGCUCGAGUUCGGCCAGGCGAGGAUAGGCGCCGCCGGUUCGUCCAGAACUGGCGUCGGCCCAGGGGAGCGAUGUUCGACGGCGGAGUUGAUGGUGGGGCUCGAGGUCAGCCAGGCGCGGAUCGCGGAGCCGGAGGACAGCGGAGCGGAUGCCGCCAGCUCGGCUUGCGCCCGCGUCGGCUCACGCGGUCGAGUCUCGGGGGCGGAGCUGCCAGCGGAGCUCGAGGUCAGCCAGGCUCGGAUCGCGGAGCUGGAGGGCCGCAAGGAGGCGGCCAGCGUCGACCCAGACGCGGAGCUGGAGGUCAGGCAGGCUCGGUUCGAGGAGCGGGAGGCCAGCAGGGCGUUUGCCGUUGGCUCGGCUGGCGCCGGCAACGUCCCAGGCGAGACAGAUCCGGCGGCGGAGCUGCUCGCGCAGCUCGAGGCCAGCCGGGCGCGGAUCGCGGAGCUGGAGGGCAGCAAAGCAGGCGCCGGCAACGGCCCAAGCUCGACAGAUCCGGCGGCGGAGCUGCUCGCGCAGCUCGAGGCCAGCCGGGCGCGGAUCGCGGAGCUGGAGGGCAGCAGAGCGGGCGCCGGCAACGGCCCAGGCGAGACAGAUCCGGCGGCGGAGCUGCUCGCGCAGCUCGAGGCCAGCCGGGCGCGGAUCGCGGAGCUGGAGGGCAGAGGGGCGAUCGCCAUCGGCUCGACAGAUUCGGCGGCGGAGCUGCUCGCGCAGCUCGAGGCCAGCCGGGCGCGGAUCGCGGAGCUGGAGAGCAGCAGAGCGGGCGCCGGCAACGGCCCAGGCGAGACAGAUCCGGCGGCGGAGCUGCUUGCGCAGCUCGAGGCCAGCUGGGCGCGGAUCGCGGAGCUGGAGAGCAGCAGAGCGGGCACCGGUGGCGGUGAGCUUGACGGGCAGCAGCUGCUGGCGGAGCUCGAGGUCAGCCGGGCGCAGAUCGCGGAGC